UAUCCAUUGCUGUCACUCUCUCACAACACUACACUACCUCCAACACAUCAUCUCCUUCCUUCACCUUCUUCCCAUACACCCAAAGGAAAAAUCUUCCAUCUCCACUUUCUUUUCAAUGGCCACUCUCUUUAACUUCAACUCCACCCUUCGCCCCUCUUGUUAUCAUCCCUCCUCACCCUCCUCAUCUUAUCCCCACUUCUCCAAGACACUCUCCACAACUUUCUUGGGCCACACCGUAACCCUCAAAUAUGCUGCCACUUCCGCAAGCAUCCCUCCCCGUUCACUCUCCGCUCACAUGUCAUGGGACGGUCCUCUCUCUUCCGUCAAAUUGAUCAUUCAGGGUAAAAAUCUCGAGCUCACUGAUGCAGUGAAGCAGCAUGUGGAAGACAAAGUGGGGAAAGCGGUUCAGAAGCACAGUCACCUAGUGAGAGAGGUUGAUGUGAGGCUUUCUAUUCGAGGAGGAGGUGAAUUUGGGCGAGGACCCAGAACUCGUAGAUGUGAGGUGACUUUGUUCACGAAAAGGCAUGGUGUGGUGCGGGCUGAGGAGGAUGCUGAAAGCACCUAUGGAAGUAUAGAUUUGGUGUCAUCGAUCAUUCAGAGGAAGUUGAGGAAAAUAAAGGAGAAGGUGUCAGAUCAUGGUCGCCACAUGAAGGGGUUCAAUAGGCUGAAGGUUAGGGAGCCCGUGGAGCAAUUACCUGUCGAAGAGGAUGAAAUAUUAUCCCCACAGGAGGAGGAAGAAUCAAUUGACGAGGUUGUUCGCACAAAGUACUUUGACAUGCCACCAUUGACUGUGGCUGAAGCAAUUGAGCAGCUUGAAAAUGUUGAUCAUGACUUCUAUGGUUUUCGAAAUGAAGAAACUGGGGAAAUUAAUAUUGUGUACAAAAGAAAAGAAGGAGGAUAUGGACUCAUUGUACCAAAGGGAGAUGGCGAAGCAGAGAAAUUGGAGCCUGUAGUGCUUGAACCAGCUAUAGAAUCCUCCCUGAAAGAAUGAUAGGCUCCCACAAUAAACUCUUUUUGUAAGAACAUAAGAGCUUGUACAUGAUUAGCGGAUACUAAUGGCGGUUUCUUGGAGCCAGAAGUGCAUACACAAUUUCAAUGGCGUCUCUGACAUUUUAAAGUGCAAACCAAGUUUUAAAGUAUGAUGUACGCUUGGAUGACUAGUCACUAUAAAUGAAAGAGAUGCACCAUUUCCCAUGCACAGCAUUUGCAUAUAAUGUCCAGAAUACGCCUUUUCUCUAACAAUUCCACACACUAUUUUUCAUCACAGGUUUUGUUCUGCUUUCUUGUCUAUUGCUUAUCCAGAUUACACCAUGAAAAGUAAAUCAUUUUUCUCUUCUGACCC